AUGGCUGUGAAACCGGCUAAUGUGAAGGAAGCUGAAGAUGAAAUGUCAAACACUGAUUUCAUCUGUGAAGCAGUGAGAUUAAAAGUUCAGCAUGAUUUCUUACAAAAAUCUGUACAGUCCAAUCUCAAUAACAUGAAAAUAAUUGAUAGGGAUGUUGCUACUGACUUAGAAGCAUAUGUCAGUGGAAGGGAAACAAAAAGGCUGGAAGAUUUGGAAGCAUUUCAGAAUUCCUUGCUGGCAGCUAUGGACACAUUGUUCCAACUUAAGUUUGAUAUCAGCACUGAAGAUAGAAUACGAAGUAUUGAUCUCAGUCAUUUCCGAAUAGCUUUACUCGAGUUGGAGAAACAGCUUACCAGACUCAAGGAGCACAUUGAUAAAGAGUUAGAAUGCUUGGUUGAGGAAGAGGAGAAACUUUGGAAUGAGCUGCAGGAUGCAGAUUUGAAGAUUGACGAAUGGUCCAAACCUCUUGAUAUUCCACAUGUGCAUGCGGCAUCUAAAGUCACAACUAUGUUAAGCAUACCAGGGAGUGGAGUGCAACCAGAGGCGCGCAACUCUCCUGUGCGGCCCGUCAAUGUGCGAGUGUGGUCUGGUAAUGCUCAAGUGCAGGCCGGUAACACUCUGAAACGGCAGGUACCACUCGGAGCCGAUGCUCCUAAGCACACCUCAGCUACAGGCUGA